AUGGAAUCGUUCACACAAUCCACCACGGCUCCCUCCAAACUCCUCACCAUGCCCCCAGAGAUCCUCUUCGCCAUCCUAGACCUCACCGACACCUUCCAAUCCAAGUUCAGUCUCGCCCGCACCUGCAUCCCCCUCUACAACACCCUCAUCACCGAAAUCUACAAACAAGCCUCCAAAUUCCCAUCCCUCGCCGGCGCACACAUCUACGAAGCCUGCCGCGACGGCAACAUCCUCACCCUCGAACGCAUCUUCCAAGCCGAAGCCCACAGCAUCGGCCACCGUGUCCAAGAGCUCUUCAACAGAUCUCUGUACACGGCUAUUCAGUUCUAUCAAGUCAACGUCGUGCAGUGGCUUCUCGCGCGCGGCGCAGAUCCGAACUAUGUAGGUGAUCACGAUGUGGAAAUGCCCAUGGUUUUUGACUCUCCUCUGCAGUUGGCGGUUCAGUCGGUGCUUAUGCCGGGUUUGCCUGAGUGGCGGAUUCCGAAGAAGUGGCAUGAGUUGGGAUUCGUGAUGCCGGGUCGUGAGGAGUGGUGGUGGGCGGGGAGGAUGAUCAUUCAACUACUUCGUGAUGCGGGUGCUGAUGAGAAGUCGCUUUAUUUGGGUCUUGAUAAAGAGCAUCUGGAUUGGAUACAAUACGGUUUGCAGAGUUGUCUUCUUCAUCCGGUUUGUUAG